CUUGUAGAUAACUUGGAUAGUAGACGUUUCUCAGCUACAGAAAAAUUAGUACCCCAUCUUGGUCCACGAGAAGAUUAUGUUAUUUACUACCAAGAGCUUCAAUACUAUAUAAAAUUAGGUAUGAUAGUAGAUAAAGUUACAGAGAUCUUAUCAUUCGAUCAGGAUAAUUGGCUUGCCCCCUAUAUAGCUUUUAAUACAGAAAAACAUAAUAAGGCCAAAAAAGCUGGAAAUACAUUUCUAAGUAACUUUUUCAAACUCAAAAAUAAUGCUAUAUAUGGUAAAACUAUGGAGAAUGUUCGUAAGUAUCAAGAUGUCAAGCUCAUGGCUAUAAAUAAUGAGCAAAAUGAAAAAAAAUUUAUUAACCAGAUUCGUAAACCCUCAUUUAAGUAUGCUAGACAACUUGGUUCUUCACUUAUAGAAGUACAUAUGGGAAAAGCUAGUAUAACUCUUAAUAAGCCUAUUAUUGUUGGGGCAUCAGUCUUAG